CAAUUGAAUUUUAAUAUAAAUAGUUGGCAAACAAGGUCAAAGAAGGGAAAUAAUUCCAUCAACAAAUAAAAAAUGAAAAUGGCGUAUUUCCAAUGAGAAGAUCAACAUUUAUAACAUUGUAAUCAUACUUGUAAUACCUAUCUAGAACGUAGAUCUACAACUACAAUCGUAUAAAUGGCAACUGCUAGUUGUGCCACUGGAGAUUCAAGCUCUACACCAAAGCAUUCAAAUGGACAUGCAAGUCCUUUAGAUUUACUGCGCAGAUUUCAUAAACUUCAAGCUGCACGAGUGGAAGGUUAUGGUUUGUUUGAAGAUGCUUUCAACACCUUUAUUGCUGGUGCACCAUUGUAUGACUUCAAUGCUUACAAGCAAAGAGUUGCUGAAAUAACAAUAUCUUUCAAAAAAAUUUCUGAAGAGAUCAUCCAUAUCAAAAAUUCCCUCCGAGACACUCACAACAAAGGGGAGAUUGCAGCCAUUAUUGAAAAAGUUCAGGAGUUGGAGGAGACAAAACUUAAGUCUACAGCUGACCUUCAAAUCUCUCGUAAAAAUGCAUCAGAUGAUCCAAGUGAUGAGGUUAUUCAACAGGAAAUUACUGCUUUACAUUUCAAACUUGAUGAUUUGGCACAAGAAAUAAAUGAAGCACUGGAAGAUUUAAAAUUUGAAUCCGAAGAUUUGUAUGCUCAAGAGAUGGAAGAUGAAACAUCAAGAUGAUAAAUUGAAAACCAAGUUUUUGGAAUGAGUGAUUUAUAUACGAUGAUGAUGAUAGGCGGGUCAGUCAUAAGUAACAAUGUGAUAGAAAGUGAAAGAAUGAGCUGAGCUGUUGAUGGCAUUUGUCAGCGUGACAUGGGUGUCCUUAAUGUUUGUACAUUUUUAAUACUGCUCUGGACAAUUUUAAAUGUAGCUGAAUGAUAUUGGCAUACAUGGUCAGCUUAUUGUUAAGAACUACAUUAUUUGAAUGAUCUGGAGUGUAUACAUCAAACACUUUUUGUCAUGAUGACCUACAAAUCAUAAUAAAGUUUGGAAAAUAUGAA